AAGUGACAAAUACUUAAGCCCUAGCGUUGCUGCCAGACAAUUGUGCCGAUGAAGCGUUGCCAGAUGUUACAAAUAAUUGAACAGCAGGUUAACGUUGUUGUUUGAUUUCAAAACACCGGUAUAGACGUAAUGAAUUAUGUAUGCAAAGCUGCUAAAACAAAGUAUUGCACCUGUUCCUGUGGGCAGCCGCCUACUUAGCUAUGUGCUGGGCAUUGAAACGUCCUGCGACGACACAGGUAUUGCUAUUGUGGACACCAACGGAAAAGUGCAUGCGAACGUGCUUGAGUCUCAACAGGAAUUUCACACGCGUUAUGGCGGCAUAAUACCUCCACGUGCACAGGACUUGCAUCGGGCACGCAUUAAACAUGCCUAUGAGCGUUGCAUGGAGAUAGCACAGCUGCAGCCACAGCAGCUCGAAGCUAUAGCGGUGACAACACGUCCAGGUCUACCGAUGAGCUUGCUGGUGGGCCUGCGGUUUGCACGCCACUUGGCGCGCAAAUAUCAGAAACCUCUGCUGCCUGUGCAUCACAUGGAAGCGCAUGCCUUGCAAGCGCGCAUGGAGCAUAUCGGAGAGUUGGACUAUCCAUUUUUGUGUCUGCUUAUUAGCGGGGGUCACUGCCAGUUGGCCCUGGUGCAGGGCACGGGUCGACUAACACUGCUUGGUGAAACGCUAGACGAUGCACCCGGCGAGGCGUUUGACAAAAUAGCGCGACGUUUACGGCUUAGCAUAUUGCCACAGUACAGACUAUGGAAUGGUGGUCGUGCCAUUGAGCAUGCCGCACAGUACGCCUCGGAUGUGAACGCCUUUGAGUUUCCUUUACCGCUCGCGCGUGAGCGUAAUUGCAAUUUCAGUUUUGCGGGCAUUAAAAACAAUUCAUUUCGCGCCAUCAAAGCGCAGGAGCGAUUGGAGCGUACGCCACCCGAUGGCAUUAUAAGCAACUACAAAGAUUUCUGCGCGGGACUCUUACGUGGCGUGUGUCGUCAUCUAAUGCAUCGCACACAGCGCGCCUUGGAAUACUGCCUGGAUCCGAGCAUUAAGCUCUUUGGCAACGCUACGCCUACGUUGGUUGUCUCGGGCGGUGUGGCCAAUAAUGAUGCCAUAUUUGCCAACAUGUCUCAUCUGGCGCAGCAGUAUAAUUGCCGUUGCUACAGACCCUCCAAGCGCUAUUGUAGCGACAAUGGCGUCAUGAUUGCCUGGCACGGCGUGGAGCAGCUGCUGCAAAGCAAGACCAACCUGCGCUGGGACUAUGAACACAUUGAUCUUGCUGGCACGGCGGGCUUCAGUGCCUCGGCAGUCACAGGUGUGAUUGAGGCGGGCAUAAAAUGCAAGUGGAUACAACCCUUGACUCUGGGCAAGACUCCAACUUAA